AUUCGGUCGGCGUUUUUGAUUAUCAUUUCUUUAUUUUCGCGUGUUUUUGGCGCAAUUUAUUGUUUUUACUUUUCGGUGUUGGUUUUUUUUACAGGUACAAACUACAAAAUAUCUGUAAGUUGUAACGCAGUGCUUUGGAGAAUUCUUAAAACGUUGUCGUACGACGUUUGUUGACUGAAAAAAUAAUUUUUAAUCUUUUUGUAAUUAACCAUGGGUGACAAAGAAGGUGAUACUUUUGACGAGGCAGUCGAAGAACGUGUCAUCAACGAAGAAUAUAAAAUAUGGAAAAAGAACACUCCGUUCUUGUACGAUUUAGUAAUGACCCAUGCUUUAGAAUGGCCAUCAUUGACUGCCCAAUGGCUUCCUGAUGUUACUCGACCUGAAGGUAAAGAGUAUUCUAUUCACCGUUUAAUUUUGGGUACUCAUACAUCCGACGAGCAAAACCAUUUGCUAAUUGCCAGUGUACAAUUACCCAAUGAAGACGCACAGUUUGAUUCUUCUCAUUAUGACGGUGAAAAACAAGAAUACGGAGGUUUUGGCUCUGUUAGCGGUAAAAUCGAAAUUGAAAUUAAAAUCAAUCAUGAAGGUGAAGUGAAUCGUGCUCGUUAUAUGCCACAAAAUCCAUGUGUCAUUGCUACUAAAACACCGUCGAGUGAUGUACUCGUUUUUGACUAUACUAAGCAUCCAUCAAAACCAGACCCAAACGGGGAAUGUCAACCAGACUUAAGACUCCGGGGACAUCAAAAAGAAGGUUAUGGCUUAUCAUGGAAUCCUAAUUUAAAUGGUUAUUUAUUGAGUGCUUCUGAUGACCAUACUAUUUGUUUGUGGGAUAUUAAUGCCACUCCCAAAGAGCACAGGGUCGUAGAAGCCAAAACAAUUUUCACGGGACAUACAGCCGUGGUUGAAGAUGUAGCGUGGCAUUUGUUACAUGAGUCUCUGUUUGGUUCUGUUGCCGAUGAUCAAAAACUUAUGAUUUGGGAUACACGAGCUAACAAUACAAGUAAACCUUCACACACAGUUGACGCUCAUACUGCUGAAGUCAAUUGUUUAUCGUUUAAUCCAUAUUCUGAAUUUAUUUUGGCUACUGGAAGUGCUGAUAAAACUGUAGCUUUGUGGGAUUUGCGAAAUCUAAAACUGAAGCUGCAUUCGUUUGAAUCGCAUAAGGAUGAAAUAUUUCAAGUACAAUGGUCUCCACAUAAUGAAACUAUAUUGGCAUCGAGCGGCACAGAUAGGCGUUUGCAUGUGUGGGACUUAAGUAAAAUUGGAGAAGAACAGUCGCCUGAAGACGCUGAUGAUGGUCCACCGGAGUUGUUGUUCAUUCACGGUGGACAUACAGCUAAAAUAUCAGAUUUUUCAUGGAAUCCAAAUGAACCCUGGGUUAUAUGUUCUGUGUCCGAGGAUAACAUAAUGCAGGUUUGGCAAAUGGCUGAAAAUAUUUAUAACGAUGAAGAACCAGAUAAUGCCAGUCCUGAAGUAGACACUCCCGUUCCUUAAAAAAAAAAGCUCUGCUUUUUUUAUAUUAUAUAAUUUUUUUUUAUUUUUCAACGUUAUUUUAAGUUUUUAUUGUAGGGUUUUAAAUUUUUUUUAAUCUAAAGUUAAGUGUAAAUAUAUUAUGCUUUACGCAUAUAUUUGCUGCAACCCAUUCCUCCGCCAUUUAAUUCGAUGAAAUUAUUUUUGUGUAAUCAAAUUUAAGUAAAUUAUCUGUUUGCACUUGUAACUGUCUAAUAGGAAUGUAGAUAAAUAAAUAUCUUCUAUUUUAUUUUACCGCCACUGGUGUUUAGUUGAUAAUAAGAUUAGCUAUCUUGAUGUAAUUAUAUAAUUAUUAUCUUCGUA